AAGCCUCUUUCUGACAAUACACAAACCAAUCAUAUGCCUUAUUUCAACCCACGUGACGCAAAUAAUACCAGGGUAGCAAAUAGAGGUUACACGUAAAACAGUCAUAACUGCGGAGUUUUUAAGAAAUCGGUUGGAAAUAUUUUAUAUUGAAAGGUUUUGCUUUCAGAGGUAGUGGCACACAAAAAAAUUCAAUACAGCUUAAAAAAAAACAUUAUUUCAUAUAAUGGAACAAAACGAUCCAAAUCUCCCACCUACAACAUUCUGUCGAUCUGGUUGUGGUUUUUAUGGAAGUGAAUCUUUCGAAGGCCUCUGCUCCAAGUGUUAUAAAGAUCAGAUUAAGCGAAAGAACCAGAGUUCUUCGCCAGUGAGUUCAGCUGGGCGCGUGAGCCCCGCAUCAUCUCUUCAAGGUGAGAAGGAAAUCAACUGUGUGAGCCAGGCACUGGCUAAAACUAAUAUAGGGUGUGUCCAGGAAUCUGGAUCUGAUAGAUCCUCCUCCUCCACAUCAAUCACUGUGACAAGCACCACCCCCUCUGUAGAGACGGCCACACCUACUAUACAAGUUCCAAAUGUAGACAAAGACAGCAAAGAGAAGGAGGAAGGAGCAGUUGGCGGGAGCGACGUAAGUGAUAUAGCAGGCACAUCCCCGGACACUUCCAAAGACAAGAAAAAGAAAAACAGAUGCCAUACAUGCAAGAAGAAGGUUGGACUCACAGGUUUUCAGUGCCGCUGUGGGGGGAUGUAUUGUAGUUUACACCGCUAUUCGGACAAGCAUGAAUGCACUUUUAAUUAUAAGGAAAUGGCCCAAGAGCAGAUUCGUAAAAAUAACCCUGUGAUAGUUGGAGAGAAAAUUCAGAAAAUUUAAACACUUGGCGGCGAAGACUAUAUUAUCACUUGUUAUGAAAUAAUUGCUGUAUGGUUUCUUUUUUUUUCGUUUUGACAAAAGUAUAUUCAAAUAUAUAUAUAUUACAUGUAUUAUUAAGCAACAUUUUUUUAAUGAUGAUGUUUUUGAUUUAACAUUUUUCCUCCUGUUUUUUUUUCGGUGUUAAUUUUUUCUUGUUUUUAGUGUCUUAGAAUACAGAAUUGAAAGAUUGAGUGAUAUUUUAUUGUGUCUCUUUACCUUUUAUAUAAAAUGUAUAAAUGUUGCUUCAAACAGGGGUAUAACUGAUGUUCACAAGGUUCAAAUGAAAAAAAUUGUCUAAUUGAAUUUGAAUAUAUUAUGUAUAAUGUCCUACAAAAGGAGAAAAUAAAUCACAGUGUUAUAAAUGCACA